AUGAAAAUCAAAGUUAAUUUAAUCGAAAAUAAGGUAUUUUUGCCUGUUCAAAUAAUAAGCAAAAUUGAUGUUGCACUCAAAUUCAACAAUUACUAUACAAGGGAAUACCUUAGUCUUAUCAAGAUGAUUUGUGAUGAAUAUCAUAUUACAAGAAUCAACAAUAUCUCACCUCUCACAUUGUACCUUUUCAACAAAGAGUAUAAUAUCAUGCUUGGUGAUAUCGAACAAUCAAAGUUAAAUUUAUAUGAAAAUAAUCAUUAUUCAAUAGAAGUUCACGAAUCAACUUCUAUAUUCAGGGCUAUUAUGGAUGAUAAUGUAGGAAAAAUAAUUUUCUUAGCAGAGCAAAAGGAAUUUGAUAAAAAUAUCGCAAUUACAAGUGAUUUCUACCCAGUAAGAGAUUAUGAUUUUUUAAGCAAUCCACAAUUAAGUACGUAUAAUUUACUUGAAAUAUGUUGCUAUUACGGAGCUGUUGAUUGUUUCAAAUUUUUGAGAACAAAGUUCCAUUUACCAAUCACUAUUGAUUGCCUAAAGUUUUCUUUUCUGAGCGGAGUUCCAGAUAUUUUAAAUGAAUGCUUAAAGGAGUGUCAACCAGUAUUGUUGUAUGGAGUAUGCAAUUGCAUCACAUAA